CACAAAGGUUUCCUUCUCUUCACUCAAAUCUUCUCUUCAACCUUUAAAUUCUACAUUUCUUUCUACUUCUAACACAAUGUUAGUAUCGUAAUUUGUUAACCUAAGCUAAAAUUUGGUAUCGAAACUUAUGUCGAUAGCGUCUAGCAAAUGAUAAAUAAUGGGAGGCGAAUCCAACAUUAAAAGUUGCGAGUGAAAGUCAGUUAUAUUUUUAAAGUUAUGAAUCAUCAUGUAUUUUGUAGUAUUCAAAUUCCAGUGCACUAGCAAAUGUAGUGGGCACACCACAUCUGUAUACUCUCUCUAUAACUGACUGACAAAAUUCAGUUGCUGCAGCAGAGUUUCAUGUUUUCUAAAUUGUUUUCCAGAGCUAGAAAAAUUUUGAAGGUUGAAAAUCAUGGCGUCUGUAAUUGGAGUUCAUAACUUUGCUGCUUUGAAGGCUGUUUAUGAAAGACCGUCGUUGCGGUGGAUUCUGCAACCCAAAAUGCAGCUGCCAUUUUCAGGUCGGAGAAUGAAUCUGCAAUCUAAGACUUCUGAUGAGAUUGAUCUAUCGAGAAUAGUCUUUCUGCAUUCACAAAGUACGGACAAGGUUGAAGGUUCACCAUUUGAUCAUAAAGGGUUAUUACAGAGUCGAGAAUUAUAUCAGUAUAUUUUGGAGACUAGUGUUUACCCAGGAGAACCCGCGCCUCUUAAAGAGAUCAGGGCUAUAACAGAAAAUCAUCCUUAUUUUUUUAUGGGUGCAUCACCUGAUUCAGGUCAACUGAUAGCCAUGCUGUUGGAUAUGUUAAAUGCCAAAAACACAAUUGAACUCGGAGUCUUCACCGGUUAUUCUCUGCUUCUCACUGCUCUUACAAUUCCUGAUGAUGGCAAGAUCCUAGCAAUUGACCCGGAUCUCAAGUCUUAUGAAAUGGGCCUGCCAAUCAUUCAAAAAGCCGGUGUUGAGCAUAAGAUCAAUUUCAAACACUCCCCGGCUUUACCUGUUCUUGACAAACUCCUGGAAGAUGAUGAUAACAAAAGUAGUUUUGAUUUUGCAUUUGUGGACGCGGAUAAGACUAACUACGGAAACUAUCACGAGAGACUAAUGCAGCUGGUGAAAGUUGGAGGCUUGAUAGUGUAUGAUAACACACUAUGGUAUGGAACACUUGUGAUGCCAGAGGAGAGCGUUCACGAGUUGAUGAGAUCAGAAAGAAGUUACUUACUGGAGUUAAACAAAUCCCUUGCUGCAGAUACCCGAAAUCAAAUUUCUCAAGUUCCAUUAGGUGAUGGAAUGACCAUCUGCAGGCGACUCUUUUGAAUAACAAAAUUAGGUACAACUCGUACUCAAAGUUUCACUUGCAGAUGACCAUCACUUCAAUACCAUAUUAGCUAUUGAUUAGAAGUCAUAUCGCUUGUCAGUAGUUUCAUCAAAUAAUGUUUGAUUAAUCAUCAAAAUGAAUGAAAUUUUCUGGGAUGGUUUAGCUAGAUGAUGUUAUGAAUAAUAUGUCAACCUUCGUAUGAUUAUGUGGUAUAUAUGGAAAGAACGUAGAUUGAAUAAAAAUGCUCAUCUAUUGCUGUUGUCUAUGAGCGUAUUACUAA